CUUGCUCAGCAAGGUACAUUACGAUCGUCUCAUUUGAACCAGGAGGAUUGGUGACUAUCCGCGUCCACGAGAAGAUUGGAAACCAAUUUAUCCGCGCGAUAUUUGAUUUUUUUUAAAUUACCUGGAAAGAGAUUCAUAAAUACGGUGAGAAUCUUUCGUAUUGUUAUGCACUUGUCUUUUAUUUAUCGCUAAGAUGAACACAAUUUUGCUUUUUUUUCCUCCUCUUUGCUCAAUUUCAAACAAUGAAAGGUCGAACAUUUCAUGAUUGCGUCGACACGAUGAUAAAAACUGUCGCCAUGGGCGCCAUGUUGAUUGCCGUUCUUGUUCAGUCGAUAAACUAUUUCACUCUGUUUUUCUAUAUACGAUGAACUUCUGUCUCUGGAUAACUUGCCUCUUUGAAAGCUAUUGAGAACUGGGUAUCCUAGAGAUCUGAGAUUUCCUGAAAGCCCCGUUAAAACUUUGCAGGCAUGAAACAAUAUAGCAGUGCAAUUAAAAGCUCCAAAAUUAAACCAAUUAAUACUAGCUGUGUCUUUCCCUGAUAUUUAUUCGGUGCUUGACUUUCUUUAACUCUCGAUCCUGAAUGUAACCACUGAUAAAGAAAAAGGCUCUUUCAUCGGCAAUUACCACUGCUUUUCAGAAACGUGCCCCUGAGCCCUUAAAGAAACUUGUGAGUAGAAUCAUCUUAGUUGGGAUUUUACAGACAUUACACUUUCUGCUACUGAAUCUCUCUUAACAGGUAUAUGAGAGUGGUGGCUCCGGUGAAUGGGAUGCAGAAUGUCUAAAAGGACAGGCAGAAGAAGAAACAACGCUAAACACAAGAAUGAAGAAUCGGCUACUGCCCUGAAUGAAUCAGAACACAUAUUGGAUCUUGGAAAGUUUGAAGAGAUGAAACGACCUCAACUUCAGACGCUAUGCAAACGGUUUGGACUUAAAGCUUCAGGAAAGAAUACUGAACUUGUUGAGAGACUUAAAGAACAUGUCAACAACAACAACAACAACAAUACAGAGGAACAACCAUUGUCAUCAAGUUCUCACCAAGAAACAGAGGAACCUGAAAAGCCAGGCAAUGUUACCUUUGAAAAAGCUGACAGUCACGUACAAGAAGUGAAUGAACCCAAAAAACUAAGCAAUAUUACUUUUGAAAUAGCUGAUAGUCAAAUUCCCACAGAUGAACAUGUCCAUGUUAGCAGUAAUGAUAGUAGUAGCUGUGACUCUCCAAGUAGUCAUGUAGACCUUCAAGCAGGUGACAUGAAUGGGUGUGUCAACCCAGACAGCACAGUAGAAGCAAAUGAUCAAGCAAAUGCAGAGCAAGCAAAGUCUAAACCUGAUUUGUCUUCAAGCAGAAUUUUGAAAGACCUGAACUGCACAGACCCACCUUCCACAGGUCAAAACAGUGACACAAAAAAAGCUAAAUUGGAUACUUGUACCAAAUGGUGCGUUGUUGAAGGCCUUUUUAAACAGGAAAACAAGGCAAUGUGGAAGAAGAUUUGUCUUUCUGGAGGAAAGGCUAUGAUUUCCAACAGUUUUGGUAAAAGAGUCCCUUUUGUUUUGGAGCCAUGUGGAUUGAUGACGCCCAAAGACUGUGAUGACAACUAUAUCUGUGGAAGCUGUGUCAGGGACAAUGAAGUAGCAUUAAGAUGCAAAGGUAGCUCAAGAGUUGUGCAUUCUUCUGCUGUGUCACAAGAACCUGAUGAUGCUGAGCCCACUGCUGUUUGCAGCACACCCUUAUCAUCCAGUCACAGUCUACUGACAAGCUUUUCAAGAUCAGGCUCAGUGAAGCGCAAGAGGAGUGAAGAUGCAAACAGUUCUGUAGUGAACUCAUCGACUGACUCUACCCAAAUGGAGAAGAAACCGAGGAAAGAUACCAUUGUCAGAUCUGGUAGCAGCACUCCAGCAAGCCCUCAAGUUCGCAGAGCCAGGGGAGAACAGCUGGUGUUACCCAGAAACCUCACGAGACCAUGGCAACCAAAGAAAACAACAAAGACAUCACAGAGUGUUGUUAGAGAAGACACAGAAUUUGCCAAAAGAGUUGAGGAGAUUAUCAAAAAAACACAACCAGGCUCAGAAGAAGAAAUGUUCAUGAUAAUGUUUUCUAAAUCUAGCAGGAUUCAACGUUCACCCACUAAGACUACUGAGUAAUGUUCUUAUUUAAGUGAGAUUGCAUCAAAGUUUUAAUUUGCAGGAGGUUUUGGCAGCCUACAACUUUGAUAAAUAUUGUUUGUAAACAAGAUUGUAACAUAGCUUCAUCGAAUGAGUAAACAGCAGUAAUUGAAAUAUUUCAAGUUGUAGCCUAAGCAUCCAAUUUGACUCAGAAUUUCUCAUUCCAUCUAAUUGUAAAACAUUCUUUUCAAAGUAAUUCCUAUUUUCCUUACAAUUUUUUGAGACUUUAUUCUAAGUACAUUUACUGUUAAAAGUUUAUUGUCCUAACUUUUAGAUCCUGAAUUUUAUUUUGAUGUUGUAGUUUCCUUGUUAAAUUUGUUUAGUUACAGAUCAAAAACAUAGAGAGGACGUUACUCUAGAUAUUUUUUUCAUGAAGUGUUUUGUAACUGAAAAAAGCCUGUCUUGCACUUAAAAUGGGAAGGUAUAUUUGAAGCUCAGUGAAGGAUGCAAGUCAGAAGAAAAUUUAUUUUUAGGAACAGUGAAAUUAUAACCUGUGAAUUGUUUUCUCCCACAAUAAUGGGUACAGUGAAAGCCAAAAAAAACUUUCAUGCACUUUAGGCUGAAAUUAUUAUCAUCCUGUGGAGAAUUCAAGGAUUCAAGAAAACUGCUUUUAGGAGAGCUUGUUUGAAAUUCAUUACAAUCUGCAGGAGUUUAAAGAAAAGCCAGAAACUGGCAUUCUUCCACCACCUUUAAGAGAUCUUACUUCUUUCAGUUUUUCUGAGAAUAGUCUCUCAUGUGGGGUUCUCCUUUCAGCCCCUUUCCAGGCAGAGCCACCUACUGCAACAUCAGCUGCCUCUUAUGGACAAAGUUAUUGAAAGCUCUGAAUCUCUUUGAUUUUGAACCUCUCAUCCUGGUUUAGAUGAGUCAAUUUAAAACAAUUCUUAAAGUUAUGCUUUUUUUUAACAAAAUGAAGUGCAUUUUGAGUAAUGAACUCUCGUAAUAAAAUGCCUUGUUUAAAAAUCUACAAAAUCUAUUUUGUGGUGUUAUUUAUGAAUGAAUUUCUGUGAGAUGUGCCCUGUUCUCUGGA